CUUAGAGAUCACGGACAUGACUCUGAUGAUGAGAUCUAUCAUAUUACUACUAUCUCACUCUCUACUCUUCAUCAUACUCAACAAUGCCAGUGCCUAACCAGAGAUGCUGUUAAGAAUGUGCUCAAAGGACAUGGCCAUCCAUGCAAGCUUAUCUAUAUGGACUGCCAGUACCUCAUCCAACUAGCAUAUCAUAAACUCACUCUCUUCUUGGAUAAGUACAAUCAUCAUCUUGCCAAGUACCAUCACCUUCCUGCAUUACUUGCAACCAUUCAAUGCACUCUGACAUGUGCAGGACUGAAUGUCAAGCAUAUUCAGAAACUUACAUCUGAAAGGAAUUCCCUUAAGCAUGCAGCAUUCAUCUGUCACAUUAGUCAAUAUCCAGCACACUAUUUGAUCACUUUCAAUGAAGUUUCAAAGCACAAUAGGACAUAUGCACACAUGUGGGGUUAG